AUUAGGGUGACAACACUGUGCAAACGGAUGACAGACAGGUGACAGGAUUGGAAUUUGGCUGGGAAGGAGCUACUGAGUCUCGGGGAGAAAAGGGGAAAAAAGCAAAGCCGGCAAUCGAGAAGCAGUAAUCAGUGCAGCUAUCCACUGGAGUUAUCCGACUGAAACCAGGACAAAAUCGAGGAAGACAACGCCAAGGACGCCAAGGACGCCAAGAACGCAGGACGCAAGGCGUGAGAGUUGGAAGCUGUAUUCGAGGAACUCUUCCCGGAGGCAGAAGAAAUGUAUUCGGCGGUGAAGCCACUGUCCAAGUAUCUCCAAUUCAAGUCGAUCCGCAUCUACGACGCCGUAUUCACCGUUCACUCCAAGUGCACGGUGGUGAUCCUGCUCACCUGCUCGCUGCUCCUCUCCGCCCGCCAAUAUUUCGGGGAUCCGAUUCAGUGCAUCAGCGAGGAGAAGAACAUCGAGUACAUACAGUCCUACUGUUGGACCAUGGGCACAUACAUUCUUAAGUUGCACAACCAUGGGGAGCAGCCAAUGCCCGUUCAUCCGGAUGAGGAGGCUAGCUCCUCCUCCUCCGACUCCUCCUCCUCCAGCUCCUCGAGCUCCUCCAGCUCAACCAUCAGCCAGACAUCUGCUAAAUCCCGUUCUAGAUACCGAUCUCGAUCGAGCCUCCGCCGAUUGGGGGACUACAACGAGGCCUAUGCCAGGGCCAUGUCGAUAGCGGAGGGCGUGGGUCCCGAGAUCCGCGGCCAGUCGGAGCGGGAGUACCUGCGCUACUACCAGUGGGUCAUCAUCCUCCUCCUGUUCCAGUCCUUCGUCUUCUACUUCCCCUCGUGCCUGUGGAAAGUGUGGGAGGGCCGGCGCCUGAAGCAGCUCUGCUCGGAGGUCGGCGAGGCCCUGCUCUCGGAGGAGACCUACAACACGCGGCUGCGACUGCUGGUCAAGUACUUCACCACCGACUACGAGGACAUGCACUUCUGCUACAUGGCCAAGUACGUCUUCUGCGAGGUCCUCAAUUUCCUCAUCAGUGUGGUGAACAUAAUCGUCCUGGAGGUGUUCCUGAACGGGUUCUGGUCGAAGUACCUGCACGCAUUGGCCACCAUUCCGUUCUUCGACUGGGACCGAUGGAACCGGGUGUCCUCGAGCGUCUUCCCCAAGAUCGCCAAGUGCGAGGUACUGAAGUUCGGGGUCAGUGGGACGGCGAACAUCAUGGACAACCUGUGCAUCCUGCCGCUAAACAUCCUCAACGAGAAGAUCUUCGUGUUCUUGUGGGCCUGGUUCCUGCUGAUGGCCCUGAUGUCCGGCCUGAAUCUCCUCUGCCGGCUGGCCAUGAUCUGCAGCAGGAAACUGCGGGAGCAGAUGAUCCGCAGUCAGCUGCGAUUCAUGACCAAGCGGCAUGUGCAGCGCGCCCUGCGCGACCUCACCAUUGGCGACUGGUUCCUCCUCAUGAAGGUCAGCGUCAAUGUCAACCCCAUGCUCUUCCGGGAUCUCAUGCAGGAUCUCUGCGAGCUCCGCACCUCCUCCACAUCGAUCAGCCUCGAGGAGAGCCCCGUCUAGGACUCGAUCGGGAUCGGGAUCGGGAUUAGCAUCAGGAUCAGCAGAGCAGAGAUCGUCUCGUCCUCCGGCUGGCCAAGUGGAUGAACCACUCCCAAUUGACGUUGCCGUCGUUCGUUUUAUCGUGUAUUUUUGCUUACGUACAUAUGGAUAUUAAAUAUAUUUCCCUCCGUCUCCCUUUGAAA